GAAUUACCAAGGCCAGAAUUUUAUGGAACAACUCUUAGGAAAUCUCCGUUCACAUUAAAAAAUGAAAUCCAUUUUCCAUUUCAUCAGAGAAUUCAAAAGCUUGCCGUUUCUGGCAUGGUUGUCUUUGUUUCACUAGGUAUUACUAUAAUAACGAUAGGUGUUUUAAUAGUUCUCCCAUUGAUAUUACCACAAGUUGGGGUUUGGACUUCAAUCAUAACUGCUUGUGUGAAUUUGAUUACUAUAUUGAUCUUGAAUAUGAUAUAUACAAGAAUUGCAUUGUGGCUAACAAAUUUUGAGAACCAUAAGACUUCAACACAAUUUGAAGACAUGAAAAAAGCAAAAGGUGUUGUUAACGCAUUGUCCCAAAUAAUGGAAAUUCCAGCAACAUCGCCGGUCAAAGCUCCCUUUCUAGAUAAAUGCAGAAAAAUAAAUUUCAAUUAUAAAAAUUAA